AAACGUGACAAGCCCGUGUUUCAACAGAUGAUGAAGAAGCUGAGCAAGGAGAUGUUGAAUCACUCCCUCUGUAACUCUUCCACAGAGUACCUUCUUCACAUCAGGCAAGAGAUAGAACAGAUGGAAGCUAGGCAUAACAAGUUGAUGGAGAAAUCCGAAGAAAAACAUUGCUCAGAUCUCAAGGAGAUAAGCAAAUCAGUGGACAAGACUCUAGAGAUCAUUUCUCUAUUGAGUAAGUCCGUGAGCAAUACAAUGGAGGCAUAUGCAUCUGACUGUCAUUUUCAAUUCAAAGAAGUCUCUAGAAUCAAAGAGCAGAUUGCAAUAGUUACAGUUAUUGCUGAAAAUAAGAAGGAAGCAUUCAAGCUGUUCAGACAUUUUGGCACCUACACUGGCAAACACAAGCUAGAUGUAAUUGUUCAACACAAUAGUCCAUCCCUGAUUCCACAGCUUCCUAUUGAAGUCAAGAAAGGAGAACUCACAUACAUUCCAUCUCAUCUGAACAUGACAGAUUUAAUACUUGAAGCCCAGCAGAGCAAUUUGGAGAAUUCAACACAGCAUCUAACAGACACUGGUCUUGAUGGAACAGAAGUUGUUGGAACCAUUGUCUCCCACAUAUCAAAUGAUGCCCACACAAAGGAGAGAUAUAACAACCUCAGGCGCAUCAAAGAAGAGUGUGGAAUUAUGCAAGGCAUUGGUGAGGCUGCCGGAUCUUCUAAGCGCAAGAAGCAGUGAAGGCUCCUUUCAUCAAACCAGGGGGAAGUAUGUGAAAACAUUAUUUUGUUUUGAUGAAAACACCUCUUGUUUAAACAUAAGUUUUGGUUUAAACAUUGCUUAAAACAUCUCCUAAUUAUGAUUGAUCAUAUUCAUUAUGAUUUUUGAGAUUGAGCGCAUACAUUCAGGGGGAAUGUAAUUCAGGGGGGACAUAACUGUUUUUGGCUAACAAUUGCUUUUGGUAAUGAACUAUUGAUGAACUC